AUGUUAAGCGACGAAACGGGUAGGUUGGACAUUGCGCCUCGUCUUCCUCCGCCUGAACGCGACGAUACGCGGGAAGUCGCCCAAACCAAACUUUCUCUGAUUAGGUUAGUUAAUGUGCCCUUUUUCCCGUUUUCCUGUCCUCUAGAAGCUGAAGCUAUUGUUUUUUUGAUCUCAAACUUUUAGAGAGGCCUUCGAAAUCUACAAAGAGCAGUUUGAUAAGGAUGUCGAGCCUACUAUGAUUAGAGCCGGAAUCGCACCUGGACGGGUCAAUCUGAUAGGAGAGCACGUUGACUACUGUGAUGGAAUCGUUCUGCCGAUGGUAAAAAUUGAAAAAAAAAACCUUUUUUAGUUUCAACCGGCAGUGGUUCAAUUCGGUUGUUCCAGUCUGAGAUAUAUCUUUUUACUCGAAAAUUGGGCUCGAAAGUUCAAAACUGACUUGAACUUGUCUAUUUUUAGAAGAACAAACAGGUUUUUGAUUGUCAACAGCCGAUCAUUCUCUCAUGUUCGAAAUGAUAAGAAUCAUUCGGUCAACAACAAGAAAAUUGGAUUUCAAAUUCAUCCUGGGAAACGACUACAUCAUAAACAUUUCAAGAUGUUUUCCAAACAUUUGAACUUCUGAGAAAGUUUUGAAAAUUCGAAAGUCGUAAAUUUAUUCCUUUUUGUUUGGAAAACAACAUUUUCACACGUUUUUUUGAGUGUCGAGGAUUGCUAGGAGAAAAUUUUGAAACAUCGGGGUGUUGAGCAAGUUCUCCGGGCGACACUGCAAUCCCUGAACAAAUCAUUCGAUACUAUCAACUUUGCAAAAAAGCUGAUCCUUGUGAGAGCUUUAAAACUAGUUUCGUACAAGAUUUUGAAGGACUUGUGAUUUUCUUACAAAAAAAACGUGGGAAACAGGCGGAAAAGUUUUUAAAAAUUUUAUUUAGCAACCUGAGUUCGGCAAGCAAAAGCCGGAAAUUCUUCUUCUGACGAUAGUUCUUGCUUUACUGUUCCCUUCUCAUGCUCAAAUUUAGUCCUAUUCGAAAAAUUUGUAUGCCUACUUCAGACGUCCACAUGCAGAAGCCAAGAUAGAAUGUUCUAAUUUCCUGCCGCCCGUAUUUCCUGUUUUUCAUCGAAUGAAUUAAUUUCAGGCCGUGCCUUUUUACGUCGUCGUUCUGGGUGUUUAUGUGGAUGAAGAUUGUGGCGAGACGCAAAUUUAUUCCUCAUACAAAAAAGAGAAGGCGAGGAUUACAGCACCAUACAAGGAUGCUCGAAACGUGGGUUUUCGAAAAUUAUUGAACUCGAAGUUUUUGGUGUUAGUGGUUGUAUUUCAUGAGUCAAUUUUAGAGUAAAAGACAGGUGAAGGUCAGGAGUUUCAAUACAGAAAAUAUUAAUUUUGGCUUCUUUUUUCUAUCUUAAGCUACUUUUCAUUCGUUUCCGACUACGGAGAAAAUAAUAAGGUUUCUUUUUUCGUAUUGAGGCUACAGUAAUCCUCAGAGGGGCGGAGCCUGUCAAAGCCUAAUCGAAAAGUUUCAAAGACUUGUUUUGUUGCUGCGAGGAAAGUAUGAGCUCAAAAAAAGCAAAAUGUCCAUACUGUUCAUCGCAUUUCUCAGAUAACGUGUGUUAAGAUCAGUAUGAAAUAAUUUCGAAUUUUCUGAUCACACCAGCAAAGAUUUACGGUUGUGUUUCUACUGAGAACAAAUAGAGAGCAUAGUAUCUCCACUCUUUCAAAACAAAGAACAAAAAAUUGAUAAAAAGCAGUGAGAAAAGACUUACAGGUCGCAUUUUGGGCGUCUUAUAUCCACGGAGUGAUGACCCUGGCAAGCUGUCGCAAAUGCUUCAAUAUCGUAGUCCAUUCAAAUGUAAAAAAUGUUCAUUUUUCAAAAAGGAAAAGUUCAUUUUUCAGCUUCCUCCGGGAAGUGGCAUGAGUAGUUCUGCUGCUCUGGAACUUGCUACGUACAAGUUUCUCGCCAAUUUCGACUCUGAUGUUGGUUAGUUUAUUCAGAACUUCUCCAAACUGUCGCAGUUAGGCGAGAGUUUAUUUCCCGCUCAAAUUAAUUUUUGUUUUUUUUUAUUUUGUGGUAAUUUCAAUUGAAUUGAGACUUGUUGAACAUUUUUCUUGAGAAACAAUCAAAAUCUUUCAGAAGCUAGAAAACCUUUGGAUAUUGCCUUGUUGUGUCGGGAAGCCGAACACCGAUUCGCUCAUGUGCCUUGCGGAAUCAUGGACCAGUUCGUCGUUACUUUGGCUUAUAAUGGAUGCGCUUUGAGGAUCGACUGUCGGUGAGUUUUUUUAAGACUGAAAAAAUUGAUGUGAGUUUGAAAUUGGUAAGAAUAGUCCGAGGACCAGUUUUAAAAUGCUUAUUCUGGGGUUUUGUCUGGCAGUUAUCAAACCGGCAGAACAGGAAAACCUAAAAAAAGUUUUCUGACUCAAAAAUUUGAAUUCUAUUUUUGGAUAUUCCAGAUCGUUGCAAUACGAGCUGAUCCCGGCCCUCUUCAUGGAUUCGGCAAUUUUUCUGGUCACGAACAGCGGAGUGAAACACGAGUUGGGCAACGGAGAGUACGCGAAACGACGAGAAGUCGUGGACAAAGCUCUCAAAACGUAUGUAAACUAGAAAGUUGAGGUAAUAAUUUUGAGGAAAUGAGGUUUUCCGAAGUGUUUUGUAGAUGUGAUGAUUGGAUGUACUCGUAUUUUAGUCAAUACCUCACUUAAAGGACAUUGUAUCAAAGGAAAACCGGGUUUUAGUUGCGACGCACUUUCGUGGAGAGACGUCAAUGAUGAAAAAAUGGACCAAAUCCGCGCUACUGGAAAUGAAACCAUGGUUCAAUAUUCGGAGCAUGUGGUGAGAUCUUUCUUUCUCUUCCAAAAUUCGAUAUUUUUCCAAUCUUGAACCACUGGACAUUUUUUAAUUAUCAGCUUUUCUUAUGGUAACUUUAGCCUUCUUUCAGAUUGAUGAAAUCAAGCGAACAGAAACAGCUACGAUCGCUCUCCUCGACAACAACGUCAAGUAUUUCGGCGAGCUGAUGACGGAAAGCCACAUCUCUUUGAGGUAGAUAUGCAGAAAGUUAAUCAAGAAAGGAAUUUACAAUAUUAUUUUUGAUCCAAAUAUCUAGUAAAGAAAAAGGGUAAAAAAAUUUUUAUGAAAGGUUCAAAGAAAGAUAAAAAAAUAUUUCAGAAGAUUUUUUUAGUAUCAAUAUUCAGCCUUCAACUUCCGGUUGCAAUUUUUAUAAUGAUAAAAAAAUAAAAAAAGUUUUGAAAGGAAAAAAAUGCAUCGUGACUUAAAGAGGGAAUACAUUUUUUUGAAGUCUACAAGUUCAUCUUAACAGCCAAAAAAAUAAAAAGAGAAGAUGAUAUGAUACGUUAUUACGGUUCCAUCAUUCUUGGAAAGAAUCUGAGAGCCUUUUUUUAGCUAAUGCGCACAAACUAUUUGCUAAAAAAAACGUUUUCAUCAUGAAUGAUAACUCAAAAAGUUUGACUAAAUAAAUAGUGUUCCAAAAAAUAUUAAUUUCUAACUCUAAUUAUUUUCAGAGACAAAUACCAAGUAUCUUGUGAGGAACUCGACCAACUGGUCGACAUUGCUCUCAAGCAAGAGGGUGUCUUUGGGUCGAGAAUGUUUGGCGGCGGAUUCGGAGGCUGCACAAUCACUUUGGUCAAGCCGUCAUUUGUCCAACCACUCAAGAAAGCCAUUCUCGUGAGUUUUUGCUUUCAUUUCGAAAAAAAAAACUCAUCACACGUCAGACCUUUUUCUCAAAGUUGGCAAGGAAGAGACGAUCAUCAUUUUUUUUUAAUAUACUCCAAAAUUUUACUUUCUCGAUUUCCCUGUUUCAAAGUCAUUCGGGCUGAUGACGUUUUCUUCAGGAGAAAUACACGGGUGGCGCGCCGACCUUCUUCGUUUGCGAGCCAGUUUCGGGUGCCAAGAAAAUUAACGACAUAUCCUUCAUUUUCCCCAAAAAGAAUUUAUUCUAA